UAACAAUUUGACAUUUGCUGUGAUGUGAAGUUGAAGUUGAGGAUAAAAAUACCUUUGUGUGAAUUUCUCUUUUAUUCGUUUAUUUUUAAGUAGAUAAAUAUGAAAAUUAUCAUGUCUCUCUGAUUACUAAUAGAACGGAGGAUAGGUUACAUUCAUAGGUUGUUUCUACUGAAAUGGAGGAGGAACAAUGUCUGCUCGAGUGUGAAAGCUACAUUCAGAGCCACAACAUUCAAGUAUUAUUGAAAGAGUGCAUCGUACAGCUUUGCGUAAACAAACCUGAAAAUCCUGUCACAUUCUUGAGACAACACUUUCAAAAGCUGGAGAGGGAACAAGUGAAGGCAGCCCAGGCUGCAGCGGCGCUGUCGGAGGGCGAGGCAGACGGGGAGCUGUCCCCGCUGCCCGUGCCCGGCGGCCUGCCCCCGAGGCGCCGCGGUGGCAUCAGCGCCGAGCCCGUGACCGAGGAGGAUGCUACUAGCUAUGUUAAGAAGGUGGUGCCAAAAGACUACAAAACAAUGGGUGCUCUGUCCCGGGCCAUAGCAUCUAAUGUACUAUUCACUCACCUGGAUGAGUCGGAGCGAGCGGACAUGUUUGAUGCCAUGUUCCCGGUGCAAUGUCUUCCCGGAGAAACUGUUAUCAGGCAGGGUGACGAGGGAGACAAUUUUUAUAUAGUUGAUUCUGGAGAAGUAGAGGUGCUAGUAAACGGCGAGCCAGUGACAAUGAUAAGCGAAGGCGGCAGUUUCGGUGAACUAGCCCUAAUCUACGGCACUCCACGAGCGGCCACGGUGCGCGCGCGGACGGCGUUGAAGCUGUGGGGGCUGGACCGGGACUCCUACCGACGCAUACUCAUGGGCUCUACUAUUAGGAAGAGACGGAUGUAUGACGAGUUCCUCUCACGCGUGUCUAUAUUAGAGAGCCUGGAGAAGUGGGAGCGGCUGACGGUGGCGGACGCGCUGGAGCCGGCCUCGUUCACGGACGGCGAAACCAUCGUGCGCCAGGGCGAGCCCGGGAACGACUUCUACAUCAUUGUCGAAGGCACAGCAGUAGUACUACAGCAGCGCGGCGGCGGCGGCGCGGCGGAGGCGGUGGAGGUGGGGCGGCUCGGCCCCUCGGACUACUUCGGAGAGAUCGCGCUGUUGCUGGACCGUCCCAGAGCCGCCACCGUGCGCGCCAUCGGACCGCUGAAGUGCGUCAAACUGGACCGGGCUAGGUUCGAGCGCGUGCUGGGUCUGUGCGCCGACAUAUUGAAACGCAACAUCGCUCAGUACAACAGUUUCGUCUCCCUGUCCGUGUAACAACCGUCACCAAACAAACGAUCAAUUAAAGUGGACUGACAUUAUGCUAGAUGUGAAUAAUGUUAUUAUGCCAUAAUGUAUGUUUAUCUUCCAAAACAUGUUGAAGUGUUGUUGUUAGUGUUUAAAAUUCGGUCAGCGUUGGCCGUGCGAUUUGCCAGCGCUUAGUCUAGUGCGCCUAAAUCUAGGUGAACAAAUGGACUAGGUUUACUAGGUUAUCUCUUGUAUCGACAUGUGAGGUACAGAGAGCUGAUACUGCUGUGUUUUAAGCAUAAGUGCGCUCACUAUUAAUUAACGCACACAUUGGUAUGAUUAUUUAU